ACCACACGAGGUAAAGACAAAAUUCUUGUGACCUCGGUGGGAAUCAAACCCGCUCAGUGGGUUUUUUGGGUUUCUUCUAGCACUUUAAUUUACGCCUCAGUUCCAUCAUUUGUGUUCUCCGUGCUACACAACAAUUAUAAGAGCGUGGAGGUCUGGGUAUGAGUUCCACCGAAUGCGAGGACUGGUAAUUUCCAAGAUGGCCACUUUGGUUGUACGACGGAUUCUAAACAAAUCUCUCUUCUUCGGACCCUCUGCAGCAUGUCUUUCAGCCAAGUUACGUCUCUUCAGUAACCAAGCAGCAAUAUGGACAACAGAAAAAUUCGAUGAAGUCGUAAAGAAGGAUAAAGUAGUGGUUUUUAUGAAAGGUGUACCUGAGCAACCAAUGUGUGGCUUUAGCAAUGCCGUUGUUCAGAUUCUCCGGAUGCAUGGUGUCGAAGGUUAUGGAACUUACAACGUACUAGAAGACGAGGAACUGAGGCAGGGAGUGAAAGAUUAUUCGAGCUGGCCGACAGUUCCCCAAGUCUACAUUGGAGGAGAAUUUAUCGGUGGAUGUGAUAUUAUGUUACAGCUGCAUCAACAAGGUGAAUUGAUUGAGGAACUGCAAAAAGUUGGAAUAAGAUCUUUGCUGUUGGAUAAAGCCGACGACGAGAAAAAAGACACUUAAGCUUGAGAAGCUUGUAAAAAAUUAUUCGAUACUGGUUGAACAUUGCUUUGAACAAUUUAGCUCAUCCACGAUUAAAAACGAUGACGUAAUAAUUCUCAGAAGGUAAAUUUAAAGAACUGAGCGACUACUGUCACCGAAGUUACUUGCACCAGACAGUCCGAUAAAUAUUUAUGUUGCGCAAAUUAACAUUGGGAUAUGAUCAAAUGCGCAUUACAAUGUUUUUCGAGGGACUUAACAGACUGCUUGAGGCAGUUUACAACUUUUGUGAAGACUGAUUUUAACUGAUGCCCCCAAUUUUAUUAGUAAACAGGCCAGACCACAACACCAGAAGCUAUAUUCCCUACUCUUUGCAAUAAGUGUGUUGGUUCUUUAACGUCCCCUGCUAACUAGUACAGAGAAGAUGCAGUCCAAUAAUGGGAAAUGACAAAUGACUCCAUUCAAGUUCUCUGUCAUAUUUGCUUGCCCUGGUUCCAAGCACUGAUUGUCACAAUUGAACUCAAUAGCUCAAAUUGUUGUCCAUUUCCCAUUAUGUGGUUGGUUUUAAAAUUUGGUGUACAUGAAACUGUUAGGGCCUGGCCUCAUUAUCAUUGCUAUGUUCCUCUCAGGCCCCUUGCUAGCUUGUGUUUGUCAAGGCCUCAUCUUUUCCUUCCAAACACUCGUGACAAAGUACUAAUAAUGAGGUCCUUCUCUAGGGUAGCGUGUGAUAUGCAUAUUCUGUAAACAUAAUGCAAGAUAAGAUAUCCUGCUCAAGAGUUUUGAUGUUAUUGCAAAGCAGAAUUACAUUGUAGUAAAAACUUUUAAAGGCCUUUUGUGUCAUGAGUAAUGAAUGUUGAGAUCCAUGGAAGCACACUACUUUUUUUACACAACAUUGCUUAUGAUGUCAUCAGAUUCAUCCAAUAUAAAAUUAAUACAAAAGUUUCUUAACAAAGCAACAUUCAACUCUGUUGUUGAUUUAAGGACAUUGGUAUGAGAACCAAAGGCCCAUAAAUCUAUGAGCAACCUGGUUUUCAGUCUAAUGCUGAUCUUCAAGCAUCGAAAAUAGAUAAAAUAAAGCUAGGUAACAUUUUGUUAAGAAAUAAUCUGUUUAAUAAAAGGCUCAUCAGUAGCCAAACUUUUCAUUCAAA